UGCCGCGCCUCCUACCGUCUCUGCAGCCGCGGGCCCCGGGCGGCCCUGGCGCCAGCAAGGAAGCUGGCGGCUGCCGCAGGGAGCCGGGCCCGCGGCGGCGUCCCCGGCCCGCGGCGCCGCGGAGCCCCGGCGGCCUCGUCGCGACAGGGCCGGCGGGCGCCGGCUGGGGCCGCUGUGCUGACGGCGCGCGGAGUCUCGGGAGCGGCGGCGGCCGGAAGCUCGGAGGAAGAGGUGGGCGGACGGGUAGGGAUGUCACUACUGAAUCUAGAAGAGUGAAGAAGGUGAAAAAAAUAUGUUAGUAUCACAACUGACUUCCCAGUUAGCGAAGGCUUCACGAAUUGCAGGACACCUUUUGCCAAGGUCAGUCUCUUCCAUUCUUUGCUCUCAUUCUACAUCUGCGAAGUAUAGCACUCAGCCAUCUAAUAAGAAUGGAGCCCAACCUCAGCGGUGGUAUGCGCUGGACCCUGAACUGGAAGAGAUGCUGGUCCCCAGAAAACUAUCCAUCAGCCCUUUAGAAAGCUGGUUGACAGUUAGAUACUCCCUUCCUAAAGCGGAAGUCAUCAGUGUUCAUGGAAAAGAAGGCUAUGAACCUGUCCAGCGAUAUGACUGUCCAACAUCUGAUGUGGAAGCUGAUGUGGAGGAAGGGGAAGGAACACUUGGCAACAGGCUUGAAUGUAAGAAUGUUUUGAAGAUCCGCAGGAGGAAGAUGAACCGACACAAGUUCAAAAAACUGCUGAAGCGAAGAAAGUUUGUACGGAGGAGGAUAAAGGAAGGUCGCAAGAAGAAACGUCAGAUCAAGUUUGAGAAAGAUUUGGAGCGCAUCUGGAAAAGAGCUGGUUUGAAAAAUCCUCCUGCAGGAUGGCAAACACCCAAGAUAUUUUUGAAAAGUUCAAAGCGAUAAGAAUGCUUGUAAUGAAUUUUGACCUAUAAUUUUAAUUAAAAAAUAUUUAAGAAAGCA